AUGACUGAUUCCUUGGAAUCGAACGAUCCUCCCCCCGAGGAACAGCCAGUGUCCAUAAUAGAUAUAACGGAUUUUUUAGACUUUCUUCGUGAAAAUGUUAGAUUGAAUUUAUUAGGUGUGAAAACUGUACCCCCUGCUUUAGAUGCUGCAUUAGAUGAUAAUGGAAAUUUGGAUUGUAUUAAAAAGUUUUUAAGUGACCCACAAUUUGCUACUCUUAUAGUACUAAAGAAUUCAACCAAAGAUGAUGACCCAGAACAGGGUGGUGAGGGUGAAGAUGAAAAGGAAACACCCACCAUAUCAAUAUCUAACAUGGUUCAGUUUUCUAGCCCUAAAGCAUCAAGCCUUCUGUUCAUGAAGAAUGGAUCGAUUAUGGAUGCUGAUAAAACCAUUCAAUCUCAGUUACACAUGAUUGAAUUUUCUGAAGGUACUGCAUAUGAAAGUUUACAUGCCAUUGUUAGUAAAGGAAUGUCUCCUUAUUUUAAGAGUUACGUGAAAGAAUCAGGCCGAGCUGAUAGAGAUGGAGAUAAAAUGGUGCCAUCUGUUGAGAAGAAGAUUGAUGAGUUAGAAAUGGGCCUGUUGCACUUACAACAAAACAUAGACAUCCCUGAGAUAACGCUUGUAGUUCAUCCAAUUGUUUCAAAUGUUAUCAAAAAAUGUGCAGAAGAAGGAAGAAAACCAAAAGUAGCAGAUUUUGGUGACCGUGUAGAAGAUUCAACUUUUCUUAAUCAGUUGCAACAUGGUGUUAAUCGAUGGAUUAAGGAAAUUCAAAAGGUAACAAAAUUAGAUCGUGACCCAUCUUCCGGUACAGCACUACAAGAAAUCUCCUUUUGGUUGAAUCUUGAAAGAUCUUUGCAUCGAAUUCAAGAAAAGAGAGAAUCCAUCGAAGUUGGGCUCACAUUAGAGAUUCUGAAGCAUGGAAAACGAUUUCAUGCUACUGUUAGUUUUGACACAGAUACAGGGCUGAAACAGGCCUUGGCAACUGUAAAUGAUUACAACCCAUUAAUGAAGGAUUUCCCCAUUAAUGACCUUUUGAGUGCCACGGAACUUGACCGAAUCAAGCUUGCUGUUCAACAGAUCUUCACCCAUCUCAGAAAGAUCCGUAAUACUAAGUACCCAAUGAUAAGAGGAUUAAGACUCAUUGAAGCCAUCUCAAGAGAUCUCACAACCCAGCUCUUAAAAGUUUUAGGCACACGGCGCUUAAUGCACAUUCCGUUUGAUGAGUUUGAGAAGGUAAUGCAGCAGUGCAUAAAUGUCUUUGUCACGUGGGAUGAUGAAUAUGAGAAACUACAAAAUCUUUUGAGAGAUAUUGUUAAGAAAAAACGAGAUGAACAACUUAAAAUGGUAUGGAGGGUCAUGCCUGCUCAUAAAAAGUUACAAACGAGAAUGGAACAGAUGCGGAAGUUCAGACAUCAACAUGAGCAAUUGAGAACUGUGAUAUUAAGGGUUCUUCGACCGGUGCCUGCCUCUCUCAUAAAUGGUCAAGAGGUUACUGGCCAAGACAAAGUCGUCGAUGAUGCGCCUAAUAUUUCUGCAGUAGAAGAGGUAAAUCUUGCUUACGAGAACGUGAAAGAAGUAGAUUGCUUAGACAUGUCAAAGGAAGGUGGCGAAGCUUGGGAAGCUGCAGUAGCCCGAUAUGAGGAAAAGAUCGAUAAAGUUGAAACGCGCAUUACUGCCCACUUACGUGAUCAAUUGGGGCAGGCUAAAAACGCUAAUGAAAUGUUUAGGAUAUUUUCUCGUUUCAAUGCCUUAUUUGUGAGGCAGCACAUUCGAGGUGCCAUAAGAGAAUACCAGACUCAGCUGAUUCAAAGAGUCAAGGAUGAUAUCGAAGCUCUCCAUGAGAAAUUCAAGGUUCAAUAUGGUCAAAGUAAAGGCUGUCGGAUGAGCUCUAUCAGAGACUUAGCACCAGUUUCAGGGUCUAUAAUCUGGGUAAAGCAGAUCGAUCGCCAGCUCACUACAUACCUAAGAAGGGUGGAGGAUGUUUUAGGUAAAGGCUGGGAAAAUCAUAUUGAAGGUCAAGCUCUCAAGUCCGAUGGUGACAGUUUUAGACUUAAACUUAAUACUCAAGAGAUAUUUGAUGACUGGUCUCGCUCUGUUCAACAGAGGAACCUUUCAGUAUCCGGUCGAAUUUUCGCAAUAGAGAGUACCCGAUCUCGCUCUGGAAGGGGAAACUUACUCAAGCUUAAGGUGAAUUUCCUCCCAGAAAUCAUUACCCUCUACAAAGAGGUUAGAAACUUGAAGAAUUUAGGAUUCAGAGUUCCAUUAGCAAUAGUAAAUAAAGCUCACCAGGCAAACCAACUUUAUCCAUUUGCGGUCUCAUUGAUAGAAAGUGUCAGAACUUAUGAAAGAACACUGGAAAAGCUGAUGAACAGGACGUCAGGCAUCCCCGGUCCUCCGCAGAAGUUAGACGAUAAAGCCAGCAUUAUCCCAUUGGUUGCUGGACUGAGAAAAGAAAUGCAACAACUUGUGGCUGAGGGCAUACAAUUAGUCUGGGAGAGCUACAAGCUAGAACAAUAUGUCCAUCGGUUCGCUGAACAGGUCUGUACCUUUCAGGAGAAAGUUGAGGAUCUUCUGGUUGUUGAAGAACAGCUCGAUGUUGAUGUUAGAUCUUUGGAAACAUGUCCUUACUCUGCGUCAACUCUUCGAGAUAUUCUCGCUAAAGUACAACAUGCUGUUGAUGAUCUUUCAUUGAAACAAUACUCUAAUCUUCACAUUUGGGUCAGCAGGCUUGAUCAAGCUGUUGAGAAGAACCUCGGAGGAAGGCUUCAGGCAGGUAUUGAUGCUUGGACUGAUGCAUUGGAAGGUAAGAGCCACGAGCUAGAUCUGAGUAUGGACACCGAUGCCCCAGCUAGACCGACGCAUGCACCUGGUGGUGAUCCACAUGUGCAGACCGUGACUCAUGAAGUACGCAUUACCAAUCAGAUUAUGUACCUUUACCCGAGCAUAGAAGAAGCGAGGUUCCAGAUAAUGCAACAGUUGUUCCAGUGGCAGGCUGUUGUAACUUCCCAGCAAAGGCUUCAGAGCUCACGAUAUCAGCUUGGGCUUGAAAGACUCAUUUCUCAGUCAUAUAGAGAUUUACUGACUAAGCUGCCUAAUGGUUCCCAAGCCCUGAUCAAUGCUUAUGAUUCAAUAGACAGGAAAAUCAAAGAUGUUGUCAAUUAUGUAGAUGAGUGGCUGAGGUACCAAUCCCUUUGGGAUCUCCAAUCGGAUACUCUAUACAGCAGGCUGGGAGAUGAUAUAACCAUGUGGAUGAGAUGUCUUUCUGAUGUCAAGAAAUCACGUACUACGUUUGAUACAUCUGAGACACGUAGACAGUUUGGUCCUAUUGCCAUUGAUUAUGCUAAAGUUCAGAGCAAGGUAGCACUAAAAUAUGAUUCUCUUGAUAAGGAAAUCUUGGCUAAAUUUGGUGGACUUCUAGGCCAGGACAUGUCUGGGUUCCAUUCUCAAAUUUCGAAGUCCCGGAGUGAAUUAGAACAACAGUCAAUUGAAGCAGCCAGUACCUCGGAUGCAGUCUGUUUUAUUACUUAUGUUCAAUCAUUAAAAAGGAAUAUGAAAUCUUGGCAGAAACAGGUUGAAAUUUAUAGAGAAGGACAAAGAAUUCUCGAGCGGCAAAGAUUUCAAUUUCCUAAUAACUGGUUGCACGUGGACAAUGUUGAAGGAGAGUGGUCUGCAUUUAAUGAGAUCAUCAAGAGGAAGGACUUAUCUAUUCAAGCACAGGUGGUGAGCCUGCAGCAAAAGAUGGUGGCUGAGGACCGCGCGGUUGAGGCCAGGACCAACGACCUUCUUUCUGAUUGGGAACACUCCAAGCCGAUAGAGGGAAGGCUAAGGCCGGAUGAAGCUCUUGCUCAGCUAAAUGAAUUUGAAGUGAAGUUUGCUCGACUGAAGGAGGAGAGAGACAAUGUAGCUAAAGCUAAGGAGGCUCUUGAACUACAAUAUACAGGUGCCAGCAGUGGCAGUGAAGAGAGAGUGGCUGUGGUUUUUGAAGAGAUGGAGGACCUCAAGGAAGUCUGGACAGAAUUGUCUGGUAUAUGGAGACGACUAGAUGAAACGAGGGAGAUACCAUGGCUUUCAGUCCAACCUAGAAAGCUUCGUCAACAGUUAGAUGGUCUUUCUCAACAACUCAAAGAGUUGCCAGCACGUGUCAGGCAAUACUCUUCAUAUGAGUAUGUCAAGAAACUGUUGCAAGGUUAUACAAAGGUGAACAUGCUGAUUGUGGAGUUGAAGAGUGAUGCUCUGAAGGAAAGGCACUGGAGGGCUCUCAUGAGGAAGCUGAGAGUUAACUGGGUACUGUCCGAGCUCUCCCUGGGUCAAGUUUGGGAUGUUGACCUUCAAGCCAAUGAGAGUGUUGUCAAAGACAUUAUUCUUACUGCCCAAGGUGAAAUGGCUCUUGAGGAGUUCCUGAGGCAGGUCAGAGAAUCUUGGCAGAAUUAUCAGCUAGAUUUAAUAAAUUACCAGAAUAAAUGUCGCCUCAUUAGAGGUUGGGACGAUCUCUUCACCAAGGUCAAAGAACACAUUAAUUCUGUAGCUGCCAUGAAACUAUCACCGUAUUAUAAGGUGUUCGAGGAAGAGGCUCUAACUUGGGAAGAGAAACUCAAUAGAAUAAAUGCUCUGUUUGAUGUUUGGAUCGAUGUACAGCGGCGUUGGGUUUACCUGGAAGGUAUUUUCUCUGGAAGUGCAGAUAUAAAAACCCUUCUACCCAUUGAAACUUCACGCUUUCAUAAUAUAAGCUCAGAUUUUCUUGGCCUUAUGAAGAAAGUAGCUAAAUCACCUAUGGUAAUGGAUGUUCUGAACAUCCAGGGAGUGCAGAGAUCAUUGGAAAGAUUAGCUGAUUUGUUAGAAAAGAUACAGAAAGCUCUAGGAGAGUAUCUUGAAAGGGAGAGAAUGUCAUUUCCUAGAUUUUACUUUGUUGGUGAUGAAGAUUUACUUGAAAUUAUUGGUAAUUCCAAAAAUAUUGCAAGACUUCAAAAACACUUCAAAAAAAUGUUUGCUGGUGUUGCUUCAAUUUUGUUGAACGAAGACAAUACGAUAAUCACUGGAAUAGCAUCUCGAGAAGGGGAAGAGGUGAUUUUUACAAAUCCAGUAUCUACUGUAGAUCAUCCCAAGAUAAAUGAAUGGCUAUCAUUGGUGGAAAAAGAGAUGCGAUUAACAUUAGCUGCUACCCUUGUUUCUGCUGUUGGUGAACUCAGAGGUUUCAAAGAUGCACCUUUGGAUCCGCCUAAUUACAUGGCUUGGGUUGACAGGUAUCAAGGACAGAUAGCUGUUCUAGCUGCACAAGUUCUCUGGUCAGAGGAUGUUGAAGCAGCUCUUUCCGGGAAAUCAGGGGGCCUACAGGGCGUACUUACACAGGUUGAGGGCACCCUCACGGUUCUCGCUGACUGUGUCCUCCACAAACAGCCACCCCUCAGAAGGAGAAAGCUUGAGGCAUUGAUUAAUGAGUUUGUUCACAAGAGAACUGUUACUCGCAGAUUAAUACAAGCAAAUAUAUCUUCCCCGAAAUCCUUUGAGUGGCUUUGUCAGAUGAGGUUUUAUCUCGACGCAACCCAGACUGAAGCUUUGUCUCAACUCUCUAUUCACAUGGCUAAUGCCAAAUUCUACUAUGGCUUUGAAUAUUUAGGUGUUCAAGAUCGACUAGUCCAAACUCCUUUGACCGAUAGGUGUUACUUGACUAUGACCCAAGCUUUGGAGGCUCGUUUAGGAGGGUCACCUUUUGGUCCAGCUGGUACAGGCAAGACGGAGUCAGUUAAAGCUCUUGGUCACCAGCUUGGUCGUUUUGUUCUUGUUUUUAAUUGUGAUGAAACAUUUGACUUUCAAGCUAUGGGCAGAAUCUUUGUUGGGCUCUGUCAGGUAGGAGCCUGGGGUUGUUUCGAUGAAUUCAACAGGCUUGAAGAAAGGAUGUUAUCUGCUGUUUCUCAGCAAAUUCAAACAAUCCAAGAGGCAUUAAAAUUUCAUAUGGACUCCAAUAAUAGAGACUCCACUUUAACGGUUGAACUGGUUGGCAAACAAGUUCGUGUAUCUCCAGAUAUGGCAAUAUUUAUUACUAUGAAUCCUGGAUAUGCUGGACGUUCCAACCUUCCUGAUAACUUGAAGAAAUUAUUCCGAUCCCUUGCUAUGACAAAACCAGAUCGCCAACUCAUUGCUGAAGUUAUGUUGUUUUCCCAAGGUUUCAGAUCUGCCGAGAAAUUGGCCUCUAAAAUUGUACCAUUCUUUAAACUAUGUGAUGAACAACUCUCCAACCAAUCCCACUAUGAUUUUGGACUGAGAGCCUUGAAGUCUGUACUCGUUAGUGCUGGUAAUGUUAAGAGAGAUAGGAUUCAGAGAAUCAAGGAAAAGAGAGAAGGUGGAACAGGCGAUGAAGCAACCAUUGCUGAAAAUCUUCCUGAACAAGAGAUCUUGAUUCAAUCAGUUUGUGAAACAAUGGUACCUAAAUUAGUGGCUGAAGAUAUUCCUCUACUGUUUUCACUCCUCAAUGAUGUUUUCCCACAAGUGCAGUAUACCAGAGCUGAAAUGACAAAAUUAAAGGAAGAGAUUCGGAAGGUAUGUCAGGAAGAAUACCUUGUUUGUGGAGAAGGAGAUGAACAGGGUGGACCUUGGAUGGAAAAGGUGUUACAACUGUAUCAAAUCUCAAACUUGAAUCAUGGUUUGAUGAUGGUAGGACCCUCUGGGUCUGGCAAAUCCUCAGCUUGGAGAGUGUUACUUAAAGCAUUGGAGCGCUUUGAAGGAACCGAAGGCGUGGCCCAUGUUAUUGAUCCCAAAGCGAUGUCUAAGGAAGCUCUCUAUGGUGUCUUAGAUCCAAACACUCGGGAAUGGACUGAUGGUCUCUUUACUCAUGUUCUUAGGAAAAUAAUUGACAAUGUCAGAGGAGAGAUAAACAAACGACAAUGGAUUAUAUUUGAUGGAGAUGUUGAUCCAGAAUGGGUUGAAAACUUGAACUCUGUUCUUGACGAUAAUAAACUUCUUACGUUACCUAAUGGUGAGAGAUUGUCUCUACCUCCGAAUGUCAGAGUUAUGUUUGAGGUACAAGAUUUGAAAUAUGCAACCCUCGCAACUGUUUCUCGUUGCGGUAUGGUAUGGUUCUCUGAAGAUGUUUUGUCUACAGAAAUGAUUUUUGAAAAUUACCUUUCCCGCCUCAGACACAUUCCAUUAGAGGAAGCAGAAGAAGAAUCUUCUUUCCCACAGUUCAAGAAGAUUGGUGGGGAAAGAAAAGAAGAAGGAAUAUCACCAGCAAUGCAGGUGCAGACGGACGUUGCUAACAUCUUGCAGAGCUAUUUUUCACCAGAUGGACUGGUGGUCAGGUGCCUGGAGUAUGCUCUCAAGCAGGAACAUAUAAUGGAUCUCACUAGGCUUAGAGCUCUUGGUUCUUUGUUUUCCAUGCUCAAUCAUGGUGUGAGAACUGUGAUACAGUAUAACCAGAGCCAUUCUGAUUUUCCAUUACCAGCAGAGCAGCUGGAUAGAUUUAUUCCUAAAAUUUUAAUUUAUUCUCUGCUAUGGUCAUUUGGAGGAGAUGCUAAACUGAAAGUACGAUCUGACCUAGGUGAUUUCAUCCGGUCUGUUACCACCAUACCAUUACCACCGAACAACCCUAACAUACCAAUCAUUGAUUAUGAGGUAAAUAUAUCAGGUGAAUGGAGUCCAUGGUCUGCCAAAGUUCCUCAAAUUGAAGUGGAAACUCAUAAAGUGGCAGCUCCAGAUGUUGUCGUUCCCACUCUCGACACGGUCCGUCAUGAAUCUCUUCUGUAUACAUGGCUUGCUGAGCACAGGCCUUUAGUGCUGUGUGGUCCACCUGGGUCAGGUAAGACUAUGACUCUAUUUUCUGCACUAAGGGCUCUUCCAGAUAUGGAAGUGGUCGGCCUUAAUUUCAGCUCUGCUACCACCCCAGAGCUUCUCCUGAAGACUUUUGAUCAUUAUUGUGAAUAUAGGAAGACUCCCAAUGGAGUUGUCUUAGCACCUGUUCAGUUAGGAAAAUGGUUAGUCCUUUUCUGUGAUGAAAUAAACUUGCCUGAUAUGGACUCUUACGGGACUCAACGAGUUAUUUCAUUUUUGAGACAACUAGUCGAACAGCGAGGAUUCUACAGGUCUUCUGAUCUUGCUUGGGUUUCCCUCGAGAGGAUUCAGUUUGUGGGUGCUUGUAAUCCGCCCACGGAUCCUGGCAGGAAGCCCUUGUCUCAUAGAUUUCUCAGACAUGUACCUGUCAUUUAUGUCGAUUAUCCUGGAGAAACAUCUCUCAAACAGAUUUAUGGAACAUUCUCACGAGCUAUGUUGAGGCUCAUUCCUUCAUUGCGGGGUUAUGCAGAACCAUUAACGAAUGCGAUGGUUGAAUUCUACCUCUCAUCUCAGGAAAGGUUUACACAAGACAUGCAACCCCAUUACGUCUAUUCACCUAGAGAAAUGACUAGAUGGGUUAGGGGUAUUUGUGAAGCUAUAAGGCCAUUGGAUAGCUUAAAAGUGGAAGGACUUGUAAGAUUAUGGGCUCAUGAAGCUCUCCGCCUUUUCCAAGACAGGCUUGUUGAAGCUAGUGAAAGAGAAUGGACCAAUGAAAAUAUUGACAAAGUUGCUUUGAAACAUUUUCCAUCAGUGGACAAGGAAUCAGCUCUUGGCCGACCGAUCCUUUAUUCCAAUUGGCUAUCAAAGGACUAUAUCCCUGUUGAACGUGACCAGUUGAGAGAUUAUGUUAAGGCAAGACUUAAAGUAUUCUAUGAUGAAGAGUUGGAUGUACCUCUUGUCUUGUUUGAUGAAGUUCUUGAACAUGUACUCAGAAUAGACAGGAUAUUCAGACAGCCACAGGGGCACUUGCUGCUCAUCGGUGUCUCUGGAGCUGGCAAAACCACUCUGUCUCGCUUUGUCGCCUUUAUGAAUGGACUCUCUGUAUUCCAAAUAAGAGUUCAUAAUAAGUACACUAGUGAAGAUUUUGAUGAAGACUUGAGAUCAGUUUUAAGGAGAUCUGGUUGUAAAAACGAGAAAAUAGCUUUCAUCCUUGAUGAAUCAAAUGUUCUAGAAUCCGGUUUUCUAGAGAGGAUGAACACACUGCUUGCUAACGGUGAAGUGCCUGGUUUAUUUGAAGGUGAUGAGUACAGCACGUUGAUGACCCAGUGCAAGGAAGGAGCCCAACGGGAAGGAUUGAUGCUGGACUCUAACGAGGAAUUGUACAAAUGGUUUACUGGUCAAGUGAUGAGAAACCUCCAUGUUGUGUUCACGAUGAACCCGAGCCAUGAAGGGCUUAAGGACAGGGCUGCUACAUCACCUGCUCUGUUCAAUAGGUGUGUUCUCAACUGGUUUGGAGAUUGGUCGGAUGGUGCAUUGUAUCAGGUGGGUAGAGAGUUCACUAACACUCUCGAUUUGGAUGGACCUCCUACUUGGAAAGCGCCAGACUUUUUCCCAAUUGCUUAUGCAAAUUUACCAUCACCUCCGAACCACAGGCAAGCAGUUAUAAACGGAUGUGUUUUUGUUCAUCAAACUUUGCACAAAGCCAAUCAAAGGCUUACCAAACGUGGAGCACGCACAAUGGCCAUCACUCCUAGACAUUACUUGGACUUUAUCAAUCAUUUUGUAAAGUUAUAUAGAGAGAAGUGUUCUGAACUUGAAGAACAGCAACUUCAUUUGAACGUUGGUUUAGGAAAAAUAGCAGAGACUGUUGAGCAGGUCGAAGAGAUGCAAAAGAGUUUGGCAGUUAAAUCUCAGGAACUUCAAGCUAAGAAUGAAGCUGCUAAUGCCAAGCUAAAGCAGAUGGUCAAAGACCAACAGGAAGCAGAGAAGAAGAAGGUUCAGUCUCAGGAAAUCCAGUCCCAGAUUGAAAAACAAAAACUACUUAUAGCGCAGAAGAGAGAAGGUGUGAUGGCAGAUCUUGCCCAAGUGGAACCAGCUGUUAUUGAUGCUCAGCAGGCCGUGAAAGAGAUAAAGAAGCAGCAGCUGGUUGAGGUUAGGUCUAUGGCCAACCCUCCCGCUGUAGUCAAAUUGGCACUCGAGUCCAUCUGCCUCCUGCUAGGUGAGAGUGCCACUGACUGGAAGUCCAUCAGGGCCGUCGUCAUGAGGGACAACUUCAUCAAUUCUAUCGUCAACAAUUUCUCUACAGAAAAUAUAUCCGAUGAAGUUAGAGAGAAGAUGCAUACCCGUUACCUGAGUAACCCAGAAUACACAUUUGAAAAAGUUAACAGGGCCAGUAUGGCUUGUGGGCCCAUGGUGAAGUGGGCCGUUGCCCAGAUCAGUUAUGCAGACAUGUUAAAGAAAGUGGAACCACUGAGGGAAGAAUUGCGAUCAUUAGAAGAGCAGGCUGGUGAGAAUGAACAAAAAGGAGAAGAUACAAAAGCACUCAUUGCGCAGUUGGAGAAGAGUAUAGCAGCUUACAAGGAAGAGUACGCCCAACUAAUACAGGAAGGGCUUGCGAUUAAGCAAGAUUUAGAAAACGUUCAAGCUAAGGUUGAUCGGUCUAUUGCUCUCCUGAAAUCUCUUGGUCUUGAAAGAUCAAGAUGGGAAGCCACAUCAGAAACAUUCAAGUCUCAAAUGGCGACCAUUAUUGGUGAUGUCUUACUAUCUUCAGCUUACCUUGCAUAUGCUGGUUAUUUUGACCAACACUCUCGACAUAACCUUCUGUCCCGGUGGACGGAGCACCUUAGUUCUGCGGGUAUCCAGUUCAGGCAAGACAUAGCUCUUACGGAAUACCUAUCUAAUCCUGAUGAAAGACUCAGGUGGCAGGCAAACAGUCUGCCGACCGAUGAUCUUUGUACUGAAAAUGCAAUUAUGUUGAAGAGAUUCAACCGUUACCCACUAAUCAUUGAUCCAUCAGGACAAGCUACAGAAUUCAUUAUGAAUGAAUACAGAGAUAAAAUCACCAAGACCAGUUUCCUAGAUGAUUCAUUCAGGAAAAAUCUUGAGUCUGCUCUUCGAUUUGGAAAUCCUUUACUUGUUCAGGAUGUGGAAAAUUAUGAUCCUAUUUUGAAUCCUGUACUCAACCGUGAAGUGAGACGAACUGGUGGCAGAGUAUUGAUAUCAUUAGGAGACCAGGAUAUUGAUUUGUCACCAUCAUUUGUGAUAUUCCUCUCUACUAGAGAUCCAACCGUUGAAUUCCCACCAGAUAUCUGCUCCAGGGUUACGUUCGUCAAUUUCACUGUCACCAGAUCCUCAUUGCAGUCGCAAUGUUUGAACCAAGUACUUAAAGCUGAAAGAUCUGAUAUUGAUGAGAAGAGAUCUGACCUUCUUAAAUUGCAAGGUGAAUUCCAUCUGAGAUUGAGACAGCUAGAGAAAUCUUUAUUGGGAGCUUUGAACGAAGCCAAGGGUAAGAUCUUAGAUGACGACUCUGUGAUUACUACGUUAGAGACACUGAAACAAGAGGCUGCAGAGAUCAGUAAGAAGGUUGAAGAAACCGAUAGGGUAAUCGGGGAAAUAGAGACUGUUUCACAACAGUAUAAGCCUCUAUCACAGGCAUGCAGCAACAUGUACUUCACCCUCGAUUCUUUACACCAAAUACACUUCCUCUACCAGUACAGCCUCAAGUUCUUCCUUGAUAUUUUCUCAGCUGUUCUUUUCUCUAAUCCAUCUCUGGAUGGACUUACUGACCACACCCAGAGGCUGGGUGUGAUAACGAAACAGCUGUUUGCUGUUUGCUAUGAGAGAGUGGCUCGAGGUAUGCUGCAUACUGACAGAUUGACACUUGCAUUGUUAUUAUCUAGAAUAUAUCUCCGUGGGUUGCCCCAAGAAGACCAGCUGGAAGCUGAGUUCCAUCAUUUCCUCAGAGGCAAAGAGGGAGUCAUAGCUUCAAGUGGAGGAGCUUCCCAUCUGGAAGGGUUGUCCAGUGACCAACUAGAAGCCCUCAUUAGGUUAAGCAAUAGGCUACCACAAUUCAAAGAAUUAAUGAAGAAAGUUAAUGAAAUGCCUGAGUUUGUAGCGUGGCUCCAGCAAUCAACACCAGAGCAGAAUGUUCCAACAUUAUGGCAUGAAGACAAACCCUUAUCUUCAAUCGCAACUGCUAUGAACAGGCUUCUUCUAAUUCAAGCUGUACGAGGAGAUAGGGUGACUGCAGCCGGUGCCUGGCUUGUUAGUGCGGUGCUCGGUGAAGGCUUUACAGCUCGAGCUGAGAGGGAAUUAGAUUUGGCUCAUAUUGUCGAAUCUGAAAUGACCGCUGGCGUGCCUGUUCUUUUAUGCUCUGUGCCUGGAUUUGAUGCCACUUCAAGGGUUGAUGACUUGGCUGCUGAAUCGGGUAAACAGUUGGCAUCUAUAGCUAUUGGUUCUGCUGAAGGAUUCUCACAAGCAGACUCUAUAAUCAAUAUGGCUGUGAGAUCAGGAAGGUGGGUACUGCUUAAGAAUGUCCACCUCGCUCCACAGUGGCUUGUACAAUUGGAGAAAAAACUUCACUCGCUGCAACCGCACUCAGGCUUCCGGCUGUUCCUUACAAUGGAAAUUAAUCCUAAAGUUCCUGUUAAUCUUCUGAGAGCAGGUCGCAUCUUCGUCUUUGAACCACCUCCAGGAAUCAGGGCAAACCUAUUAAGGACAUUCAGCACUGUUCCUGCCUCAAGAAUGAUGAAGGCACCCAGUGAAAGAGCGAGAUUGUACUUCUUGCUGGCCUGGUUUAAUGCUAUUGUGCAAGAGAGGUUGCGAUAUGCUCCCCUUGGCUGGGCCAAGCAUUAUGAAUUCAAUGAGUCAGAUCUUAGGGUGGCAUGUGAUACUUUAGAUACUUGGAUUGAUGCCACAGCUGUCGGAAGAACGCAGUUGCCACCCGAGAAGGUACCUUGGGAUGCUUUGGUUACUCUUUUAUCACAAUGUAUCUAUGGUGGUAAAAUAGAUAAUGACUUUGAUCAGAGGUUGUUAUCUUCAUUCCUUUCAAAAUUGUUCACACCGAGAAGCUUUGAGGCAGACUUCGCAUUAGUAGCCAAUGUUGAUGCUGGAGCUCCAGGAGGUCAGAGGCAUAUAACAAUGCCAGAUGGAACGAGAAGGGACCAUUUCUUACAUUGGAUAGAGUCUUUGGCUGAUAGACAAACUCCAUCAUGGCUUGGUCUGCCUAAUAAUGCAGAGAAAGUUCUUUUGACCAAUAAAGGUACUGACUUGGUUAUUAAACUUCUCAAGAUGCAACAGCUGGAAGACGAGGACGAGCUUGCUUACACCGAACAGGAGUCAGGACCUCCGUCGUCCCUGCAGCCAGGAACUGACCCGGGCAGGCCUGCUUGGAUGAGGACACUGCACAACUCCGCUCUCACCUGGCUCCAGUUAUUACCAACAAGUCUUCAGACAUUGAGGAGGACGGUAGAAAACAUCAAGGAUCCAUUAUACCGGUACUUUGAGCGUGAAGUCAACUCCGGGGCCAAACUUCUUAGGGAUGUUAUUCAUGAUCUUACUGAUGUAGUUGCCAUUUGUCAGGGAGAGAAGAAACAGACCAACUACCAUAGGACCAUGCUGAGUGAUCUCGUUAAAGGAAUUCUCCCUUCAGGUUGGAGGAGGUAUACUGUUCCUAGAGGGUGUACUGUUAUUCAAUGGAUAACAGACUUCAGCAACAGGGUGAAACAGUUGGACACAAUUUCACAGCUUGCUUCGCAAAGAGGACCAUCUGAAAUUAAGAAUACUCCAAUCUGGUUGGGUGGUUUGAUGAACCCUGAGGCCUAUAUCACCGCCACUAGGCAAUGUAUUGCACAAGCUAAUAGUUGGUCUCUUGAAGAGUUAAUCCUAGAUGUUACUAUACCUGAACCAACACCUAAUAACUCUAUUGCCACUGAUGAAUGCAGUUUUUCUGUUACUGGGCUCAAACUGCAAGGUGCACAGUGCAGAAAUAAUCAACUUCUCCUCACAUCAACAAUUAUGAUGGAUCUACCAACAACAUUACUCAGGUGGCACCGGGCUGGUGGAGAGGGAGACUCUGGGAAGCUGUCUUUACCGGUAUACCUUAAUUCAACACGUAGCGAGCUUCUUUUCACUGUCGACUUGAACAUUGCUCCUGGUCAAGAACCACACAGCUUCUACGAGAGAGGAGUAGCUCUCCUCACUUCAACAGCGCUCAACUAGUGCUAGAUCAUAUCUCUCUUUAUAUUCUGUGUAUAUAUAUAUCACCUUUUUCCUGUCGCCCUUAAUCCUAUCCUUUUCUACCCUUUAUUAUUUUUAACUUAAUUGCUGGCUGUUAGUACCUACUUAUCUGUAUUAGUUUUUAAAAAAUUAUAUAAAAGAUUAGAUGAAAAAAAAAACAAAAAAAAGAGAGAAAGUAUGUUUAUAUGGAAACAUGGAUUACUUAAGGGUUCAAAACCGCCUCUGUGUAAUUAUUUUGGUUAUUUACUAAUUAUUAUUACUGCGUUAUAUUUAUAAUAUAUUUUCUCUGUAUAUAUUUAUAUUUAGAUAUAAAUUUUAAUGAAGAGCAGUAAGUGUUUUAAAGAACCAAUGUGUUACUUCAUACGCUUAUUUUAUAUUUUCUUAUGUAAUCAUGUUAAUAGUGCUUGUCUAUGCAUUUUUUUUAUUUAUUGUAUCUAAUUAUUUCUCGAAUCGGCACCAACAUAAUGGUUAUUUUUUAUUUAAAUUCUUAUAUUUAUAAAAGCGGAAUUAAUUUUAUUUUAGUGUUAAAACAGAAAGCCUGUGAAUUAUAAAAUGGAG